CUAAAACCAACCGUGGGAUUCGUACUGGUUUAUUUUUAGCGAAAAAUGUGCAAUAGAGAGGUGUCCUACACACAAAUUGGUAUCACAUAACGCGUAUAUUUUCAGACGAUUGAAAAACGAUGUACCUUUCAAGAUUCACUAGUUCCUUCAAUAGAGGCGCAGGCUAUGUCUAUGAACUAGACGAAAUAGAGCCUAAACUAUAUUUAUCAGGGGCAGAUGAAGCAAGUAGUGUAGAAACUCUCAAAAAGUACAAAAUUACACAUAUCCUUACAAUCAAUGACUAUCCUUUAACCCCAUCUGUGAAAGAAGAACUCGGUUACAUCAAUAAGAAGUUCAUAUGUCUUCCAGAUAUGGUCACUUCAGAUUUGCUGUCGUAUUUCGACGAGUGCUACGAAUUUAUAAGGGAAGGCGUCUCCAGAGGAGCAGUACUUGUCCAUUGUCAGAUGGGCGUAUCUAGAAGUGCAACAAUUGUCAUUGCCUACUUGAUGAAAAAAUACCGAAUCAAAUACAGAGAGGCUUUGGAUAAAGUUAGGGCAAGGAGAUGUGUUUAUCCAAAUCCAGGGUUCGUCAGUCAGCUGGAGAAAUAUAAUGAGAUGGGGUAUAACACUAUGAAUCGAUUUGCGCCCAGAAGCAGAAGUAGCAGCUAUUAUAGAUAAAUUACACAGCCAAUGAUAUUUUCUGGAAAAUACAUAUAUGUACCUGUUUCCUACACCGUUGACUUGUUAAAGAAUAUUUUUCUAUUGGAUCAACGAGUGGCCUCUCUAGGUGACCAUCAUGCGUCUAAAAUUCUUGGGUAUAUUUAUGAUCAGUGUAUAGAAAUACAUGAAAAUGAGUUUAACUAGUAUCAAGUAACUGUACAUAGAAGGGUUAUCGAAACUUCUCGCGACUUAAGUAAUCAAUGUAAUGCCACUCUGCUGAAUGCAUAUCUCGCGCGUUUUCGAUGUGCCACCUCCGUACAUUUACAUAUAUCCACGAUUAAUAGAUGUGCACUCAUCUACGCAACGUCAUAUACACUGAAAACCAAAUAUAGUCAAAAUCACGAAAGAUGACUAUUACGUCAUACCAUAAAUUGUACUGAAGUAAUCAAUUAAUGGACGUACGUCGAUGAAAAUCACGAUAUCAGGAACAUAAUGACAACAAAUUUAUAUUAUGAUUUUGCGAAGUGAGGUUAUUUCACUGAUUAUUUUUAUUUUCAUUUUAUUUCAUGGUUUUGAGUGAUACCAUAAUAAUAAUUUUAGUGGGGAGUUUUUGUUUUGAAAAAAACAGUUAUGAGUAGAAUACCUUAAGACAGGAACACCAAAGACUAAGUAUUAUUCGGAAACAGUCUAACCUGCUUUAACAUAACCUAACUAUUCAUCUUUCAAGUAUGAUCGAUCAUGCAACAUGAAAACAUCGUUUAGCUUAAAAUUAAAAUUCUGUUUGUCUCUGUCUACCAUAUCUGAAACUUCAUUAAAAAUAUUCACAAAUCACUGUCGUUUGUCUUUACUACAGACUAAAAUGAUGACGUAAUCGUCAUCUUUCGUGAUUUCGACCAUACCACCGACGUUGGAAUAUGCACGAGAGACCAGCGCGAGAAGCGUGCGCUACGUGUGUUAGACAGAGAUAGAAGCACGUCAUUGCCUAACAACCCGACGGACGAGUCUAAUAUACAUAUUCGACGCUUUUCGCGCUUCUCGUACGCAUUUUGACGUCCGACAAAUUUGACCCUCAUCGUAUAAAUUCAAAAUUACUUAGAUUUCUUUUACUACUCUCGGUACUUUUCCGCAGUUUUAACGUUCUUUAAACUAAUUCAUAUACUGAACACAUAUAUGUAGCUAUAUUUUUACAUUGUACCAUUUUGGAGGUAAGUUAUUCAGGUCGGUAUCGCCAGUCGUUUCUAAAAUUGUAUGGCGCCUUUAUGGCCUUGAUUUUCAUAGUUCUUCCUGCGCUCUAUUUAGAGGUUAUGUUACAAAUAUCUAUUUGCAUUAGAAAUCUAGAAAUAUCUCAGCCUGUCUGAAGGAGAGAAAAGACUAUUAAAAUCAAGGAGAGCAUAAAGGCGUCCUACAAUUAUUGUAGGAACGCCUGCCGAAUUUCGCAAUAGAUGUAACAGAUCGGUUCGUGAUUGGUAAAACAUUAUCUUUGUUUAAACUUUUGUUGAACUGACAUACGUCUUUCGACAGUUCAGUAUCGUCCAGCUUGUUUAUUUUGUAUGUGUAUAGUGGUUUCCAUCUGCAAAAAGGUGAAAUUUAUUUAUUUAAAACGUAAACUUACAUGUUUCAUGUUUCAUCUAAGGAAUAAUAUAAGAGGCAUAUUUUUGAAUACCCACAAAAA